UCCAAGUUGCUUGGUCGGAGCUCCCCUCUCGUUAGCUACUGACUUGAAAUGAGAGAACUUUCAUCUCGACUUUUGAUUCCUUCUUCAUCUUCUACGUACGCCCUAAUCACACUAUACCUUAGUAAGCAUCACUGCUUGAUUCCUCCUCGUCUUUCUCUGUUUCUGGGUUUCGAAUUUUCACACUAAAGUUUGCUUUUUUUUUUUACUCUGUUUCGCUUUGUAAAAGUUGCAUGCUUUCUACUUCCCUUUCGAGUUUCACUUUGUCUCUCGACGACGCGCUUCACCUUCUCCAACGUUUCCUUACCUCCACAAACCACAUCAAACAGAUCCACUCUGUUCUGCUCACCACCAACGCACUACUCCCUUCGAGCCGUAAGACCAAGUUCGUCUACAACACUCUCAUCCGAUCCUACCUCACCACAGGACACCACAAGACCUCUCUACAUCUCUUCAACCACAUGCUCGCAAACCAAGUCAAACCAAUCAACCUCACUUUCCCUUCCCUCAUCAAAGCAUCUUCCUCUUCCUUCUCUCUUCCCUACGGCCUUUCCCUUCACUCCCAAGCUCUUAAACGCGGCGUUCUAACGGACCCCUUUCUCCCGACUUCUUUCGUUCGUUUCUACGCCCAAGUCGGUGACUUGAGUAGCUCGAGGAAGGUGUUCGACGAAAUUCUAAAACCUUGCGUUAAGGCUUGCAACAGUAUGAUUGAUGCUUUCGGAAGAAACGGAGAGAUGGGUUCUGCUUUUGAACUCUUUCGGAGAAUGCAUGCAACUGAUGUGGUCUCUUGGACUAGUGUCAUCAACGGGUUUGGUAAGAACGGGGCCCACUCCAAAGCUGUAACGCUUUUUAGGGAGAUGAUAGUGGUGGUAACACCCAAUGAAGCUACUUUGGUUAGUGUGCUUUCUUCUUGUGCUAAUUUAGAUCGAGGAGGUGUUCAUUUAGGGAAGCAGAUUCAUUGUUAUGUUAUGAGGAGGGAGGUGAUUCUCGCUGCUACGUUAGGUACUGCUUUGGUUGACAUGUAUGGGAAAGGCGGUGACUUGGAGGCGGCGUUGAUCGUUUUCGAUCAAGUUUAUGAUAAAAAGGUUUGUUCUUGGAACGCGAUGAUCUCAGCUCUUGCCUCCAACGGUAGACCUGAGAAGGCGUUGGAGAUGUUUGAGAUGAUGAAGGCGAGGAAUGUGGAUCCGAAUGGGAUCACUUUACUUGCGGUGCUCACGGCUUGUGCUAGGUCUAACCUUGUGGAGUUAGGUGUCAAGAUGUUUAGUUCCGUGUGUGGUGAGUAUAAGAUCACUCCAACGUCGGAGCAUUACGGUUGCUUGGUUGAUCUCAUGGGAAGAGCUGGACUAUUGGCUGACGCGGUGAAGUUCGUGAAGAGUUUGGGGUUGGAGCCUGAUGCUUCUGUUCUUGGUGCUCUUUUGGGUGCUUGUAAGAUUCAUGAGGAUGCUGAGUUGGGAAAUAAAGUAGGUAAACAGCUUAUUGGACUGCAGCCGGAGUACUGUGGGCAGUACGUGGCGUUGUCGACGUUAAAGGCUUUGGGUAAUAAUUGGACAGAAGCAGAGGAGAUGAGGAAGGUCAUGAUAGAAGCUGGAAUUCGGAAAAUCCCUGCAUAUAGUGUCUUGUCUUAAGGCUGGCUUGAGAAGUGAGAAUAGAUUGGUUUCAGACACAAGAGUUACUGUGUAAUCUCUUGCUUCUCUUAGUUCAUUGUUAUGGUUUGUAAUAUUCUUAUGAGCUGAACAAUAGGAGAAAGCAACACAAGUUAAUAUACUUCUGGUUCUCUUGCACCCUCAACACAGAACCAAAGAACCCAAGUUCUACUUAAUUAUAAUCUUUUGCGUCCCUGACAUCCAUUAUUAUUUAAAAAAAUACAUCAUUCGUAGAGAAACAAAUUAUUUAGAAAAUCUUAUAUUAUAACUUCUUUUCAUAUUUAUUUUCUUCUUUAUAUUAUUUUGAUUAUAAAAUAUUCAUAUUAGAUGUUCUUAGUGUUCAGUGCUGGAUUUUAUGAGACAUCAUUUUCUUACUUCUCGAUCAACAUAAAUAAAAGUGCUUCAUUCAGCAAGCCUGAUACAAACUUAACCUUCAAAAUACACUUAACAACAUACCAAAGUAAAAUUAAAACAUAAAUAAAUAAGUACCA